GUCCAUUGCUUUACGACAGUCAGGUUAGCGGUGAAGUAGUCGCAAACGUCUUCGGUAGUAAGAUGGCUGCCCUCACCUGGCCGGGAUGACUCAUGGAAAAUAUUCAAGUGCACUUUUGUCAUCUUCUUUCCUUGGUUGUGACGAGCAAGAACAUUGCCACAUGUCAUGUGGGCCAUCAGUAAAAUCAGCUCCUCUAGGCUCGUCGGUCUCCCCGUCGUAGGGCACGCCAUCCACCUCCACGUGGAUGCUACUGGGCUCGCUGCUGCCCACCCAGCCAAUGGGGGUGCGGUUGAAGGAAGGUCGGACGUUGAUGUCUUGCUGCUGGCCUUCACCUUGUCCCCCUGCACCACCCGUUCCUCCAUCAACUGCUGCGACUCCACCCUUGCUUCCAGGCUUCGGAGGAGGCACAGGGGCCCCACCUCCGUACUGAAACACUCCAUAAUGCAGCUGCCCUACGUCCUUGCUGAGCAAAUGCCCGCCCAGAUUUAUCGUCUGACUCCCCGUGUGACCACUCAGUGAGGGGACAAACCCCUGCAGGCGCUCACCAUAGAGUCACCACAGAAGAUGUCGGGGUUGUUCUCGUAGAUGAACUUCUCCACCCGCUGCUGCCUCAUCUUGAACAUCUUGGAGCCUUUGUUCUUGAGCAGCGACAGCUCCUCUAGCAUGAUGUCCUUGGGUGUCCCGAUCUUUCUUCCCAAGUCGAACUCGGAUAUGUUUGGCACUAUCUCAUACUCUAGGCUGUCUCGCCAUUGGCUGUUUGCUGUGUAUUGAAGUUUGUGACAACACCCACCUGCAGUACCUGCACAAUGUAUGCAACAAGCUACCAAAUUCACACCGGCCUCCAGCAUUCAAUCAUCCGGCCACGUCAACCUCUCUGCCUCCCCUCGGAUAUCCCCACUCUACCUGAGCGUCUAGCUGAGGCAGGCUAUGCCACUCACAUGGUAGGAAAAUGGCAUUUGGGCUUCUGCAGGCCUGGCUGUUUACCCACGGGACGAGGCUUCCACAGCUUCCUCGGGACGCUCACCGGCAGCGGGGAUCACUUCUCUUACCAGAGUUGUGACGGGGCGGAAGCUUGCGGAUUUGAUCUGCAUGAUGGAGACAAACCGGCGUGGGAGAUGGCUGGCAAUUACUCCACUUUACUUUACAUUGACAGAGUGAAGCAGAUUCUGAGGAGCCACAACCCUCAAACACCCCUCUUCCUGUAUCUGUCCCUUCAGGCCGCCCACACACCUUUACAGGUACCUGACCACUUCCUACACCCAUACAGUUCUCAGGGAAAUCGACUCAGGCGCCACUAUGCAGCCAUGUUAAGCUGCCUCGAUGAUGGGGUCUGGCAAGUGGUCCAAGAGCUGAAGACCAACGGACUAUAUGAAAACUCUGUACUGAUCUACUCCUCUGAUAAUGGUGGGCAGCCUCUGUCGGGAGGCAGCAACUGGCCACUUAGAGGCGGCAAAGGAACUUAUUGGGAAGGAGGCAUUCGAGCAGUGGGCUUUGUCCAUAGUCCCCUUCUGAAGAGGAAGGGUGUUGUCAGCAAGGCACUGAUCCACGUCUCUGAUUGGUUUCCCACUUUACUGGCGCUGUCGGGGACACUACAGUCCCACCAUGGUCUUGACGGUCAUGAUGUGUGGGGCACCAUCAGUGAGGGUCUACCAUCUCCUCGCACAGAAAUCCUUUUCAACAUUGACCCAGUCUCCAGGAAGCCCGGGGAGCCUUAUGACAAAGCCUUGGUGCUAAACGGCUUUGGCAUCUGGGACACAGCAGUGAGGGCGGCCAUUAGGGCUGGCGAUUGGAAGCUGUUGACUGGAAAUGUGGGUGAUGGCGACUGGACGCCACCGCAAGCUUUCGCAGACGGUCCGGAGAGGUGGCAGAGACUGGAAAAGCGGCGCAAUGAGGUGGGGAAGUCGGUUUGGUUGUUUAACAUCUCCUCUGACCCUUAUGAGAGAUCGGAUAUGGCUAAGGCUCGUCCUGAGAUAGUCAAGCAUCUUCUCACCAGACUGGCAGAAUACAACCAGACUGCUGUGAUGGCAAAAAAUCCUCCUGACGAUCCGAUGGCGGACCCUGAGCUGCACGGUGGCGCAUGGGGUCCCUGGAUGGGCCUAGAAGGCCAAGAGGGGAAUGACGGAGAGGGCGGUCUCAGGAACGAAAGAGUGACAAAAGUGAAGCAGUGCAAAUUAUGCAAAUUAAGAGCCCUCUUUAAAAAGGUGGAGUCACGUCUGCAGAAGACCGCUGUAUUCUUCUGAGUGCUGUGGCUUGUAAUUUACUCACCAAGCACAAUUUUUCAAUUCAUCUGUUUUUUGGGGAGACCUUCAGGGGUCUAUCCUAACCCCUUAACAGUUUUAUUGAUUAAAUCAGCUGUAUGAGCUACAACCACCAUGCAAGGUCUACUUCCUGUAUCAGCGACAAGCCUACGAUGCCCGAGUAGCUUAGCGAAUCCCACACAUGACACAAUGCCAUCACAACCAUGAGAUACCUCCCGAGUGUAGCUUGAUAAUGAAUAUUCAGCUGUCCUCAUUUGCCGUUUCUUUCCCCCUCUGGUCAACCCCCCCCCCCUUUUUUUUUGCCUACUUACUUUUCUGUGCUAAGCAUCAUGAUGCACACUUUGAUAAUGGAGGAGAAAAGAGUUACAUGCAUCUCUAUAUAAACGAUUGGAAUAAAGUCAACAUACGCCCACACAUUUUAAAUGUAGUGUGUACUACAUUGUGUUGCAUGUCGUAUAUCAUAAGUAUGCAUACAUAUGUACAUAUAUAUUCAUAUACGGUACCAGUUGAAAGUUUUGGGACACCUUUUUUUUCAGUAUCUUGAGGUAUCUCCAUGCUUUUGACUGGUACUUAUAGGUUAUCACAUGGUUUGUCGGGUAUCAGGCCCAGUAUACCUGAUCUUAUUAUCACAUACUAUUUAAUCAUGAGCUUAUUAUCACAUACUAUUUAAUCAAAAGACCAUUUUGAUUCCAGAAAAAAUUUAGUUUAUUACAUGUAUUAUAUCGAAACAGUGUAAACACAAUAAUUGCAAAAAAUAUUUCAACAAUAUUUUAUCAACAGUCUUAUCUUAUCAAUGUCUGACAAUUAAAGUUCCAUUUAUCAAGUUUGGGUUUUUUGGUGACUGGAGAAGCACUAGGAACAUUUAUAGUGUGUGUUCACGCUUGUGCGCUGUUCUCUGAUUGGUUGUUGCACGCUCUGAGUGGACAGCUACGGGGGCUGAUACUGGACAUGGUUAAACUCUAUAGUUUAUCAGUAUCACUGCCCUGGGCUUUGACACAGUAUCAUUUCGGCCUUUUCAUGUAUCAUUCAUGGGCGGUUUCUAGGAUACAGAGCCAAUUACUAAUUGUAAUUACUAGUAAUUACUAAUACUGUAGUAUGUGAUAAUGUGUAUUGUCAAUGGAUGUAUGUUGCAUGGACACUGACUUGAAAUUAGCAAUGGCAUUUGCUUCUAAAACCGCACAAUCACAAUUUACUGAGUUUAGACAAUUCAUAAGAAGGAUUAUUUUACCAAAUGUCAGACAGCAGAGCGCCUCAUGCUGUUUAUUUAAACCAGUGCAGUUUAUAUGACCUGUUCUUCAAUAAAACACUUAUGAAAACAUGAACACAUCACGUCAUCACGUCUUGUAAGUAGAAAUCUGUAAUUAGCAUUAAAACAAAUUCAGCCUUUUAAAAAGAUACUAAUGCUCAUUCAACAUUAAUUUAACAGUAUGUCGAUAAAUGUGGUUGUAGUUUGGAGUCAGUGAUCAUUCUUAUUUUUGUCCACAUUUG